AUGUCAGGACAUAUAGGACGACGGCUGUUCUCGACACUGCGCACCAGCUUUACCUCCGGCUUCCAGUCCAGCUUCCUCCAGCCCGGUCGACAGGGUGCUCUCGGUCCCUUCACAGAGAACUGCCAUGGCUCGGCUUCCGGCUUCAAUCUAUUUCGGAAUCGGACGAUACGGCGAUUUUCGAGCUCGAGACCGAAUAAUGUGAGGAAGGUCAGUCGCCAGUUUGCAUCAGGCGGAUUGUUGGUGGUUGGUACAACGUCUACGAGGAGUGCAGCUACGGUAGAGACGGGAGCGGCAGCUUGUGCAGCUGCUUCGACGGAGAAGAGUGUCUACCAUGGCUGCAGGAGAUUUGGAAACAAUUUGAACGGCCUGGGGCUUCAGAGUGCUGCCAGCUGGGGAUGGAGACGGUCUCUACAUACAUCGAAGGAAGGAGGCGAAAAGGAGCAUACGCCAGAAACGAGAAGACAGCAGCCAUCAGAGCCAUCCAACGUGAAUGCAGAAGCAUCUAAACCGGUUUCUGGGCCAGAGACUCCAGCUGGACCUCCAAAGGCUGAUGGAGGACAUGGUCGAUACCAUCUGAUGGACCGGCUACCGCAUAUGCAUCGGCCAACUAAGGAAGAGCUUCUAGCUGCCGCCACGGGAUUCUGGUCGCGGCUGAAAGUGCGAUUCAAGUGGUUUUCCAUCAGGAGUGUCCGGCCAUUCAAUGUUGAUGAAAUUAGUACUUUUUUCUCCUGGGUUCUGCUUGGGCAUGUGUUGUGGAUUAUACUGGGGACGACGACCUUCUUCUCACUCCUCAUAUUUACUAUCAAUACCGUUUUUGCACAAGAAACCCUUGCAAGAUGGAUCGGUAACUAUCUAACUCGGUCAUCCGGAGUGAAAGUUGUCUUUGAAUCGGCAAUUGUGCCCAAAUGGGGUGACGGAGUGAUAACCUUCAAGAAUGUGUUUGUCUCCCGCAGACCAGGCCAAGGGAAAGGGAAUGUGAGCAAAGGAUCGUCGAAGACAGUUGCCGCCGCCGCAUUUCAGGAGAUGGACCACCCUCGCCAGCAGAACGAUGAAGAGACAGAGGACUCAAACUACACGCAAUUCGAUGUCUCUAUAGAUACAGUCAACGUGACGCUAUCCUUUACCAAAUGGUUUAAUAGCCAUGGUCUGCUGAAAGAUGUACAUGUCAAGGGCAUUCGGGGUAUUGUUGACAGAACGCAUGUCAAAUGGUCAGAAGCGGAUGCUCAGAUUGAUCCCAAAUCAUACCGGGUAGAGCAUAACCCAGGCGACUUUGAGCUGGACUCUUUCAAGAUGGAAGACGUUUUGGUCACUAUAUACCAGCCUAACAACUUCCGGCCAUUUACCCUCAGCAUCUUCUCAUGCGACCUACCAAGGCUACGACGGCAAUGGCUUAUGUAUGACUUCCUGUCUGCGAACAUGAUGUCUGGUUCGUAUGACAAUUCUCUAUUCACCAUCCACCCACGCCAAACACAUCGAUACACAGGAGCCCAGCUACAAGGCGGUCUAGAAGAAGAUGGUGGCCGGAGUCCCUGGAAGAAACAUAACCGGAUCCGCAUAGACGGUCUGAACAUCGACCAUCUCAACACGGGAGUCCAAGGCCCCUUCUCAUGGAUCCAUGAGGGCACUGUCGACAUUGUUGCCGACCUUAUGCUCCCAGCUGAAUCAGACGAGAGUCUAGGCAAGGUCAUGUCCGAUUUCUACGAUAGGAUGGAAGCCACUGUUACCGCCGACCGAUACCAUCCAAAUGAUAGUGCACUGGCCCAGAACGAAGACAACAAGCGAUUUGUGGUCACUGACCUACGCAUACACUUGAACAAUGUACGCGCGGUAGUGCCCAUUUUCAACCGGGACUUGUCUUACGUUAAUAAUGCCCUUAUCAGGCCCAUAGUGGCGUAUAUCAACAGCCGACGAACUUUCAUCCCCAUCCAGUGCCGGCUAGUUAAGCGAGCCAGCGACUUUGAUGGUAGCUGGACCAUCUUCGACAGCGGACUGAUGGACGAUCUCUCUGCAGAGGUGUGUACUUACUUGCUCUUUCUUUCUACGCAGCCCAAGCUAACUGACCCCUUACAGACAUACGAUGCCUUUGCACGAGACGUUGUCGACGAGCAGGCUCGGACACGACGCUUCAAGAAGGUCGGCCUUUGGUCUCUCCAGCUCGCUGCACAGGCCAUCUUCAUGGGCAUGGCCGGCAAUAUCAUUUAG